UUUAAUCCUUUCUCUCUUCUUCUCAAUCUCCUUCCCAAAUCCAAAUCCAGAUCUCACCCUCCGAUUCAAUUCCUCCCUUUUCAAUUUCUUCAAUUGCUCAGAUUCUCAAAUUCCCAAUUCCUCUCUCUCCCAAAUCCCCCCAAAAAAGAGGGCUUGAUCGAUCUCUCUGUCCUUCAACAGAUUGUUAGUUUCUGAGUUCACUCAAUUUCGAUGUCGACUUCGCAAGCUAAUCAUCCGACGGAGCAGAUCGUGCCACAACAGCAACAUCAACUGCCUUUGAAGCGCCAACUGCCAUUCUCCUCCAUGAAGCCGCCAUUUGGGGACUACCACCAGUUUUCCUCACCGGCCCUCGACCUCAGGUUGAAGGAACCCGAGGCUAUUGUGGGGAGUUGACGUGUCAAGGCCAGGGGAGACUGAUGAGAAUGCUGUUACCAUACAGGCAGAAGUUGAAAACCUUUCCCUUGAGGAGCGCAGAUUAGAUGAACAAAUAAGAGAAAUGCAGGAAAGGUUGAGGGAGCUGAGUGAAAAUGAGAAUAAUCAAAAGUGGCUAUUUGUCACUGAAGAUGACAUCAAAGGCUUACCGUGCUUCCAGAAUGAAACCCUGAUAGCAAUUAAAGCUCCACAUGGCACCACGCUAGAAGUCCCAGAUCCUGAUGAGGCUGUUGACUAUCCUCAGAGGAGAUACAGAGUAGUGCUCAGGAGCACCAUGGGUCCGGUAGAUGUUUACCUUGUCAGUCAAUUUGAGGAGAAGUUUGAGGAGAUUAAUAAUGGUGUUGGGGCAUCCCCAAGCAUUCCUUCAACAUCAGGGCUCAAUGAAAACACAUCUGCACCAUUGCUAACUGAAGAAAGCAACCAAAAUGAGAUUGAAAUGCAGGGGCAAGAAGAAGCCCAUAGAACAUGCUCAGAUAUAAAUGCCACACCGGACUUUGCGAGUGGGAUCAUGAAGAUUGUUCCAGAAGUUGAAAGUGAUGCAGAUUACUGGCUUUUACCAGAUGCUGAUGUUAGCAUUACAGACUUGUGGGGGACAGAGUCUGUUGUCGAAUGGAAUGAGUUGGGUACACUUCAUGAUGACUUCGAAAUGGCUAAUGUCAUAACACCUCGUCCCCAAACUCCGCCUUCAAGUACAACAGAAGUGCCUUCUGCUGCAAACACUACAGGCAGAUAAAUGGGAUUUGAUGAUGAACCGAAUCACAGAAACUUGGGCUUGACAUCGGUUGGGAGCCAUUAGAUCGAAUCAUCUCUCUGUUAUGCGCAUUCAAAGGUUGGAGGGAAUGGUGGAAGGCUCCAACAGGUUUGCCCUCUCAAUGUUCCUAGAAGUCCUUGUACAAAGCUCGGUUGAGAUAGGGAAGAUCAAUGCAACUGGCUCAUUGUACAGUAUAUUAAGAGACAUGCAACCCCAUUAGGUUACUCGCUAUGAUAAUAACGAAUAAAUCGGUCUGUAUAUUAUUAAAUUUCUUGGCUUCUCAUGACAUGCAACUUAUUAGGCUGGCUUUGCAAAGUAAUCACAUUCAUAUUUUGUGUUAUGUGAUAUGAAUUGAAUUAUUAUUAUUAUUAUUUUUUUAAACUUUUGUAUGCUAUGGUGUUCAUUUGAGUAGGCACUUUCUCCAUAGGCAUGAAUAGUUUAUGAAUUUUAAUGGAUCCUGGUUUUAA